AUGACUAGUUUUUUCAAAAAACUUGUCGAUAGUCGGCAUCGCUCAAAUUCGCCUCAAAAACAGCGCCCCCAGUACUCGACUCGCUACAUUUAUGGAUCACCGUCGCAAGACAAUCAUUAUUCGACAGCACAAAGAAGUAACGACUAUGUUUCUAAUGAUUAUUCGAAUCUUCCACCAGUCUGCUAUCUGCCGCUACCACCAUCGCCAAUCGCUCAACGUCAAAACGAAUCACGUCAGAGCAACCAAUCGAAUGAUUCUGUUGGCAUCCAUUCAUGGAAUACUGAACGCUCCGAACCGUUUCUUGCACGAUCCGAGCCAUGGCGUGAAGAGAACAUGCUGAGAACGUCACGUGAACGCACUACGGAUACCCCACAUCACUAUUACCUGCCGAAGGAUCACAAUUCAAAUUUCGACGAACCCUCAUUGUUUGAGGGUCCCAGUAUGAACGGUGGAGUUCAUCGAACCCGCUCGCAUUCGCCUAGGAAGGAGCGACGGAAAUUCGAAGAAAAAGUGUCUAGCAGGUCAAAAUCACCGCAAAAACGGCGUACCGUGAACAACUCAUUCGACUACCUCAACAGCCAAUGCCAUCUGGAAGGAUGCUCUGCUAGCAUUGUGGUUCAAAACACUCGCUUUUUGCUCUGCCGACAUCAAUUAUGUCAUGCCUCUGACUAUUUUAAGAAUUUGUUUUUGACGCACAGAAAUCACGAAGAUAUUGAUAUAGCUGUGUCUGGAAUUACGAGUCCAUCGCCUGCAACACAGUUCCGAUGGUUCGUCGAAAGUUGCAUUCCAUGCCCAGCACUGCGGGACAUAACCGAUGAUACUUUGGAAACUUGCAUGCGCCUCGCUCGACGGUUUCAAGCGAAUGGUCUGGUCGUGCGAUGUUCCAAAUUUAUAAUAGAAAAUGUAUACAAUCAUCAGCCCAUUGUAGCGUUGUGCUGGUUGAACUGGUGCCUCAAACAUCGAUUUGAUGAGCAGGUUCAAUCUGCUUGCUUGCCAGUAGUUGCCCGACUUUCAUUGGCCAGCCUUGAACAACAUCGUCACAUGAUGAGCGAACGAGUAUUUGCCAAUAUCUUAGCGGCUAAGUUGAGAGGUUGCUAUGAAAAGGCGGUUCAUGUCUUUCGAACAAUUCAUCAAAUGGAUCACUUCUCCGUGGAUGUUGACCGAUGUCCACGAUGUGGCCGAACUAAAGAAAACAUGCGAGUAAAGGUCAACGCCGACCCUUGCAGAAAACAAAUCGGUUGUGAUCGAUGUCAUCGACAGGGAUGUGAAAUCGAAGAGAAAGCUGGAGAAGAUCUACAGGCUUUUUAUCAAUGUCCACAUGCUCUGCUGCCAUUGAACGAUACCACAGACGAGUGUCACUGUCAAAGUCGAAUGCUGGCUGUCCAUUUAGGAUCCGCCUACCCUCCCAAACGACCAGAAGAUAUGACAGAUCUCAAACCUUCCACUAGCUCCUAUUCUCGAAGGAAAAAAUAA